CGCAGUGCAUCCGCCCAUCCAGCACGGUACUGGGUGCCUCACGAACACACGCUGGGUUAUCCGCGUGUUCACCUCAACUCAAACUAUCACGUUGAGGGCAACAAGAUCGCAUAAACGAUGCGAUUAACAGACGUAGUUCUCGGUGUUUUCAAGCGAAGAGGCUUCGGCGGCCCCCGGUUUCAUUUCGUCAAGAAGAUACCCGGCAAGAUCACUACGGGCAAGAAACGCAUCGUACCUCCGGUGACUGCGGGCCAUAAGCUCCGCUUGUGGGACAGAAUGGCCACCGAGGAGGAAGCAAUGAUGUACCUCAGUCGCCCUUACUUGACAGAGGAAGAAGAAAAGUACCUGCCAAAGGAGUUCCGCCGGAUAGGUGCCCGCAGGUACGAAAUUUACGACACCAAAGUGCGGAGGCCGCUGAAGAGUCUGUUUGCUGCCGACCUCCUCACGCACCUCAACACCAACAGGCAGUGGGAAGAAUGAAGUAGUCCACAACGGGUUAGAUAAUAAAUAGAAAACUGA